UUAUUCGAAUUCGUCGAAAGCGGUUCAUUCGAAAAAUUUCACCCGUUGAAACAAGGCGCGCUUUUAUGUUUAUUGUUAUUGAUAUUAUUAUUGCGUGUUCCCGCGAAUUCGUAUUGUGGGGGACGUGUGUGAUCUCGGGAUGGUAAAUUUGCCAUGAUCAAUGAGUGCAGCUCAACUCAGUGGAAAAUUGUGUAAUUUCGUUUAACGCAAACUGGUGUCAUCAAACAGUGGCAAACGUGGUGCAAAGUUGUUUUUUACCCAAGAGUCGUAAGGCUCCCUCACACCGGACCGUGCAGCAUACGACGAGUGGUAGGCUUGAAAUGGUCGGGCGUUCAACAGUGCUGAUAAAAAUACACAAUUAACUACUUUGAUACUAUUCGCUGAACUGGGCCGGGAGUGUGCCGAUUGGUGUGUUUUGCAAGUGCAUUGCGAUGUAGGUGUGAAUCGGUUGGUGCUAAAACAAUAGUAGAUCGACUUGAAAAAUUGUCCAGCUCCGUGGAGGCAAAAAUUUGCUGCAAAUCGUGCAAAUCAUUUGCGUUCUACAGAUUGUUUCCCGUGCAUUACCGUGCAUCGUAAGAAGAGUCUUGGUGACGGUAAUAAAAUUUGUGUGUGUCAAAGUGCCAAUUGUUUGCAGCGUAAAAAUAAUCACACCGAGUAUAACCGUUUGCCUUUCUCUGUUGGCGAGAUGGUGCAUCGACAGGGCAAAAGUGUGUUGUAAAACACAAAGCGCAUCGUGCAGCGAAAAAGCGAAGAAACGAGUGAAUAUUCGGCUGUUGGCAGCUGUACGCUGUCCGCUGUUGUGAACAUUUGUGAAAGACAUAUUUGUGGUAAUAAUACAAUCUAAGACGACUCCCAGAUCGUCUAGUGGAGUGAUUUGGGAUCUGCACUGGUUUAACGCAGCAACGCAGCCAGAAUCCCACCAACACCAUGAAUUCCUACUUCGAACAGACCGGGUUCUACGGACAUCCGCACCAGGCAGCGGCCGGCAUGAUGACGACCACAGGAACCCAUCAUGACCAAACGACGGCUGCAGCGGCAGCGGCCUACCGAGGUUUUCCGCUUUCGCUCGGAAUGUCCCCGUAUACGAACCAUCACCUGCACCAAACGCGCACGGCCCAAGAGUCGCCGUAUGAUGCCAGCAUACAGGCAGCGUGUAAACAGAUUUAUGAGGGCUCCUACAGCUCCAAAGACUGUGGUACGAAAGCGGCCAGUGGAAACAAUGGCACAGACGCAACCAACGGCUACAAAGACGUGUGGAACGCAAACAGUGGAGCAGCGAAUGGCGCGGCUACUGGUGCUGCCGGUGGUAACGUACCUGCUCAACAAAACAAUUCGGUUCCGGUGCGACCUUCGGCAUGCACGCCAGAUUCUCGAGUAGGGGGUUAUAUCGACGCUUCCGGAGGAAGCCCCGUGAGUCGGACUGGUUCGGCUGCGGCCGCAGCUGGCGUGGCCGGCUCGUGGAAUACCAACCAAUGUUCACUAACUGGGUCAACCGGUGGUCAAACUGCUCCUACUACCGGACUACAUCAGUCCAAUCAUACUUUUUAUCCGUGGAUGGCUAUUGCAGGUAAGAGAUAUUCAGAAUCUCUUGCGGGCACACUUCUACCAGACUGGAUAGGUGCAAACGGAUUGCGACGAAGAGGACGCCAAACCUACACAAGAUACCAAACGCUGGAGCUGGAGAAGGAGUUCCACACCAACCACUACCUUACCCGUCGACGUCGAAUCGAAAUGGCACACGCACUCUGCCUUACGGAGCGGCAGAUCAAAAUUUGGUUUCAAAACCGCCGAAUGAAGCUAAAGAAGGAAAUUCAAGCCAUCAAGGAGCUAAACGAGCAGGAGAAGCAGGCCCAAGCACAAAAAGCGGCCGCCGCGGCAGCUGCAGCGGCCGCGUUACAUGAGCAAAACUAGGGGUUACACCAACCACACACCAAUCACAGUAGUGCUAGUAAUUAUUUAUACUAAAGAGAAUGGAAGUUCCGGUUGAGUCUGGGCACAGGCUUAGAACGGCAACUACAAAUUGAUUAUUCGCUCUUCAUGUCAUCCAAGUGCACAGGUAGGCUUAGGAUAUCCUUCAUUAUUGGUUGUGCAGCCUCGGAGGUCCGUCCUUGUCCUAUCCUGCAAUCGGUACGAUAAGUUAAACUUCCUUUUUUGCUCAUUUCUAACUUGUUCCUACCGCUCAUCGUCGACUUCAGGGAUUAAUUACCAACUCAUACUACUACAUUCAUUUAGGCUUCAAAUUUUAAACCUGACCGUUUGUUUUUGUUUAUCGAGUCCUUUCCCUUCAUAGGGUCACGCACCCAUAUGCCAUUAUCACGAUAAUGGUACAUUGGUGCAAACUAAGCAGUUGAAUACUUAAACUUGGAUUUCAGAUCUUUUCGCGUUAUGUUUCAGUUGCUAGCAUUGGCAUCAACGGUGAAUGGUGGUAGUAAAAUGGUGAACCUAAACACGAUUGAAAUUCUUUAGAAACCUCUAUGUGAAAUAACUCAGCAUCUAAAUAGGAAGAUAUAUUCAAUCAUACUUUCUUCGAACCCCACUUCUUCUAUCUACAAUCCUAGACAAAGAAACAUAUAGGUUAAAGUCCAUUCCUAAUGACCGAAACAUGCUUCCGGGUUGAUGUGGCUAUGAUGCCGCCGUGGACAGGUUGGUGGCAAGUGUUGUUGCACGUUGUAAUAUAGGCGCAUGGUAAACGUAAACGAAAUGAUCAACUGCAGACGAACGAACCCCUUUUUACAUCGCAUACAAAACACAAAUAAAGUAAAAUCAACCAUGAAAACGCAAAUGCAUCAAAAACUACCAGUGUACAAAUUCGAAUCGGACUUAAGAAAAGCAAAUGCAAAGAAGAAGAAGAAGAAGCAGUUCUCUUAAAGCAGUACCACUUGUAAAAGGAGAACUUUGGAAACAGAUAUACGUAAUUGCGGUGGGCAUGAAACAAAGUAGCGAAAAAAUAAGAGGUUCUAGGAAAGAAAUUUAUUGCACAUAAGGUAAUAUAGAUAGUAGCUUCUCCAAAAAUUGUCAAAGAAGUUUAUUAGAGCGAGAAAAAUCCCUUUUACAUUGCUUCGAUGAAUUACGCUGGAUAAGUCAUACUGUUUCGAAUUCAGUUCGCACAUACCGAGCGAAGAGAUCAGAAUUUAGCUUUCUGUUGUGAUGUAAUAAAAAAAGAACAAACUUGCAAUACUAUAGAUUUAUCUCAAACAACUUGAAUUUGCUAAGGUAGGAUUUGCGUAAUUGAUAAUGUAGCAUCCGUUCCAUUGAUUUUACUUUUAACAUAGUGCGAUUAUUAGUAUUUUACCUUGCUACAUGUACGACUGUCGUACCUUCAGAGUAGAGUCAGCAGCAAAGAGUAUUUUCAUGUUAGAUAGCUGAGUUUGCUAUGUGUCCAGUGAAAACCACCCCAGGCAUUAUCUGCAAACGAGAACAGCGCCUAGACAUAGCAUGAACCGUUUGUUCUCGCGCGGGAGGGUUAGACAAAGUUUCAAAAUGAUCUGUAAUGUUGCUUCGUUAUUUAUUUUGAUUAUUAUGUACUCUGUAGCUUCAGCCAUCUUCCCAGUGCUCUUGUGUUUUGUUGUAUAUGGUAGAUCACUUUUGUUGAUUUUAUUUUAUUUCUUAUUUUGCGUAUCGUUUUGUACAUAUUAAACACGCGAAUAGCUUUAACCGGAAUAAAACCCUAUGUUUUAAAGCUCUCCGCUCAUUUUACUCAAUACAUACCUUCGACGAGCCGGUGUAUUGUGAUCCGAGUGAAGUUUGUUUAAGAAAACUGCAAUCGAUUAUUCUGUAAUACUUGCAUUGGAUGCCAAUGUACUUAUUUAUUGCCACUCAUUCAAACGGAAAAGAGCGUACCUAUGAGAACAGCCCAAUAGAAAUGGAUUCAAUUUGAGGUUCAUUUCAGCGCAAAGAAUGACACUCGAUUGCCCACUAACAUAGACUGGAAACGUUGUUUGAUAUCAUAUCGCGGACAGAACAAACAAGCAUGAAACGACUUUCAAACUUCAUUUUAGUCAAACCUUUGAAGAACAACCCUCAAAAAAGCACCCAUUUGUAGCGUUUUGCUAUUAUUCUGCUGUUCUUCUGUGAUGGACGGGCAUGUACUGCAAAACUAUGCGGUAAAGUGUGUUCUGGAGCGGAACCAAAACAAAAAUCUAGGACGGAAAUACGAAAACGCAGAUUUGAUGAACACUUUCGAAAAGAAACUUAUAAUUAUAGAAAAGCAAGAAAACCUGGUUUCGGUUAGUGAUGUUAAUUUCGCCCAACAGCCCCAAAGUCGUUGCAGAAAGGCAACAAAGCAAGAUACGAAACUGAACUCAUCGAUCGUUCCCUUCUCGGAGGAGCAAUAACUAAAUGCUACUCUUACAAACCCAGUGCAAAACAAAGAGGUUUAUGUGUUUGUGUGUGUGUGUGUAAGUGUGAGUGAGUGUGUGAGAGAGAGCGAGAGAGAGUUUGUAUGCGCAACCUCUUUUGCAGAAGCUACAAAACUACAAACAAAACAUUAAAUGUAUACGUAACUAGCUCGUAAGAAGAUCCUGUAUUUAAAUAUGAAUAUUGAGUAUAAAUUAGUCAGCGAUAAGAGAGGUGUUCAAUACGAUGGGACGACACUAGCGAAGCGAUUGCUGUAAACAGUGAAACAAUGAAACACGUCAUUUAAUGCAACUAAAUUGGUUUAGUUGUCCGCUUUUCCAAUAAACCUAAAAAAACAAACAAAUUACACCACCCAAAGUAGAAUACAUGUGACCACAGAACAUAUGUUUUACUCACAUUAGAGCGUACACUCAAGGGAGGGAAAAAAUGUGCAAACACUUUGUCACCUUGGCUAGGAUCAACAGCAUUGAAGGGAAGCAAAGUGACAGCGAUAGUUGCUGGUAGUUUUAAGUAACAAAAUUUGGGCAGCCCGAAGCGCUGCAGAUGCUGCUCAGCAACUAUUAGGAGCGCAGUUAUAAGAAGCUCAACACUCGAAGUAAGCAAAUGGAGUAAGCGAAUAGAAACAUGAAAAUUACAAGGAACGGUAAGGUUUUCUCUUGCCAGAUCAAAGAUGAAGAAAUCAGAAAGUAUCUAAAACAAGCUAAAUGUAAAGAAGACAAAGUGGGUCAUUUUAAUUGGAAACCGACCGUAAGCAAUUACCAGAAUUGUCAAAAAAUAAAUGAAUUGAAUACGACAGAAAAUCA